AAAGCAAAAUGCGAUCAAGACAACAAGACAUAGACGUCUAGUCGGCAUUCAAACAGCUGUCCUACCACGAAGAGACGUCGCCCUGUACAGUGGAGGAGCGUGUACGGUAAAUGAACAUGGCCUCAAGGGGUAUCCUUUUUGCUGUCUUUGCCAUCUGUAUCAUCAGCAAAGGAAAUACAUCUUUUGUACACGUGAAAUGCAAGGAUAUAUCGGUGGGACGGCAUGGCCAGCAGUCACUGCUUGAGUGUGUCGUCAAAACCAACGAAGACGUAAAAGAAGUAACCAUCAAGACAGUCAUUUGGAAAAAAGAGGGCGAUGACAGUCCCAUACUGUUUUUUCACUCCAAGAAUACUGGACUGAAGCCAGGUUACUCAUUUGCUGAGCCAUCCUGGAAUGUGAGAAACACAAAUGUAUCUCUGCUCAUCGCCAACACUGCUUUACAGCACGAAGGGAAUUACACAUGUUAUGUGAUGACAGACAGCGGUGAUGGCAAGAGUGGCAUCAGCCUCAAAGUCACAGCCAAGUACAACAAACCAGUCAUACGCUACAACUCUGCGGCAAAAAAUGAGACCCUGAUAUGCGAGUCUGAUGGCGGCUACCCGAAAGGUCAAAUUGGCUGGGUGGAUUGGACAAAAAGCUCUCGAAUGCAGGCGGAGCGGACAGAAAGUGGUCUGUUUCACCUCUCCAGCAAGCUGCCUUUACAGUCAGGAUCCACUUUCCCAAGCUACACCUGCAUAGUCUUCAAUGCCAGUGGAGGCAAAGAGGAAGAGACCACAUUUGUAUUUCCAACACCAGAAAAAUAUAAAGAACUCGGGGGGGACCCAGCCAAAGUGUAUCUGGCCACCAAAAUAGUGGCUCCUGUGGUGGUCAUCGGAUCACUGCUUGUAGGGCUGCUGUUGGUGCUGAUUUUUAGAGGGCGGUUUAGAGAGACUCGGAGGCCUUCUGUAGUGCCCCUUAUGGGUGACCAUGGCAGAGUCCCUAACUGUGAUGUUGAGGAAGGUAAUCCUCAGGAGAUGGAUGAAACAUGCUCGUAAUGCCAUGCUUGAGGAGACACUGCAUGUCACAUGACCUGUGCUAACUUACUGGCAACCUCUGAAAUCAGCACUUCCUUGUUUGCUAAUCUCCACUCUGUUAUUGUACUUUCCCACAUGCAGUUGGCUGUGUAUAUAACCAGCAAUGACUUGUAUUACUUUGAUAAAUCAGAGGAACUAUAAGUGCCUCAUUCAGCCAAGCUUACUGACUAUACACUUCUAAAUCAAGUCUCAAGCUAAAGAAAGAUCUUGACUGAUUUUGAAUCAGUGAUGGAGAACAAGAAGGCAGGGGGUCGUGUUCAGGCCUUGUGACUUUUAAACUCUGACAACCACACCAGGAGCAAUGUUUGAUAUGGCACAAAACCACCUUCAUAGUGAAAUUAUGACCGCAGAAAAUUCCUGAUGUGUUUUUGCUGUAGGAGGAAAGCAUUUUGUUCAUUUAUGCCCGUGCAGUAACUGUAGCCUUUGGCAGCUUGGUAGGAAUGGCCCUCCCUCUGUCUUCCUCUUGUCAAAUAUGUCAGCGUUACAAAGGAAACAUUGAAUCAUGUUAUGAUAGAAGCAAGGAGGGGUGUGUGUGUGUGUGUGUGUGUGUGUGUGUGUAUUCUUGAGAAAUGCUAAUUAUGUUGAUAGUUAAGUCUAAUCUUACAGAUUUAUAUAUUUUUUUCAUUUGUGAUCCAUUUUGGGGUUCUGAUUCUUGACCGUCCUGACUGGCCACUGGAUCAGCAAACUUUCUGUUGCUGCCAUGCCGCCCUCCUGCCACGUGUGGUCGGUUAAGUCUUCGCUCGGUUAGCACAAGCUAAUACAGCAGCAGUGGCUAACAUUCAGCACCAAGCCGCAAAACUCACAUGACAUCAGAACGGCUUAAACACUGUCGUUAAACUCAUUAAUAAUUGUUGGGUAACGUAAGCUGUGUAAUGCGGACAAAUAGCCCUGUCACUGUAUGUGUGCGAGCAGGCUCUCACCAUCUGUGCAGCGCUCACACUCCUGCAGCAACAGCUCCAAGCCAUACAUUCAGUGGUACGUCAAAGUCAAAUACGAUGUAUUUACCAUAGUUUGCAGUUAAGUGUGCUGAAAUAUCGCUAAAAAAAUCAAAAUUAUGGCUAUGCUACAUAACUUCCAUACACAUCGUGUGUAGAUAAUUAAGUUAUAGAAUCGCUGUUGGAUACUGGUAUCAUCAAUUUUUAAACAAUACUCAGCUCUGACUAGAAUUAUACCAUCAUUUUCUUUCAAAAAAGCCCACAAAAAGACACUACUACCCUGUCUGUGGCUCUCAUAUCCAGGUGCAGUUGUUCCCACUGAUGAUGUUAAAAAAGUCAGAUUUAUUUUCAGUUUUAUUUUUUUAAUAGAGAAUUUGUUGAGAGCAAUUUUUAGACCUAGAUUUUUUAACAGUAUUUGUGGCACCAGGUGGGUUUGACUCAAAAUAUCCUUAUUUAGGGAAUGGUUCCCAGCCCCUUUUCUAUCACUGAGUAAACUGACGCCCUCUGUUGAAGUGACACAUUUUAUGGAUAUUUCAUAUUUUAUUUCAUGCAUAACAAUAGUGAAUGUAAUAACUGUGGGAAGUUUAUACAAAAUGAGCAAUUUUGAUUCAUUGUGAGUCAAUUAUUUCCUGUGAAUUGUGCCUUAGAGAUGUUUUUCCUGGUUUUUAUUUGAAAUUUUAUAUGAUUUUCUAUCUGU